AAAACUUAUGAAAUGUCAUUUAUGAGAAAAUAACUUAAAGAUCAAAUUUAUAGAUGCCGACUAACCUGUUUAUAUCGUGCUAGUAACGCGAUCGGUUGAUCUGUCAGAUAAGAACUCUUAGGUGAAAUUUGAUUUUUCUAAUGUUUCACGAACAUUUUUAAUCCUACUUGCAAGUUAAAUGUACUUAGAUUAAUUACUUUCAAUGUGUAAAAAUAUUUGUGAAGAAAAUGUAAUCAUUUUAAUAUUACAUAUAGGUAUAAGUGAAAUUUGAAGCUAAUAUAUUUCAUUGCUGUGUAAGAGCAGAAUGAUGAUUAAGAUUGCUCAAAAGUUACUUUGGUAUAAAUGUAAGACUUAUAACACAAUAAAAUUAAACAUGUAUAAAUAUUAUAUUGAAACAUUAUAAGCUUCACAAAUAGCAGAAAUAAUAUAUUUGAUAAUUAGUAUGCUGACUUCUUCAUAAGUGAUAUUUUGGAAAAUGGAUAUUGGAGUUGUUAAAAUUGCUGAAGACAGAGACUUUGAAAAACUCAAGAAGUUGUAUGAUGACAAUAAUGAAUGGAAAUUAGAUUAUAAUAAACCAGAUUUGUCAGUAUGGACAAAAUCUGUACCAGGAAUUAGUUUUAAAAUGGUGAAAAUUAGAACUCGUUUUCCUGAUGUUUUACCAGAAACUUUAUAUGAUGUUCUACAUGAUCCUGAAUAUAGGAAAGUUUGGGAUACUCAUAUGAUUGAAUCAAAAGAUAUAGGGUUUUUUAAUCCAAAUAAUGAUAUUGGUUACUACUCUAUGGCCUGUCCAUCUCCAUUGAAAAAUAGAGAUUUCGUUCUACAAAGAUCGUGGCUUGAUACUGGUAUAGAGCAACUGAUUCUAAAUCAUUCCGUUUUUCAUAAAGAUUAUCCACCAAGAAAGCAAUUUGUGCGGGCAACAUCUUAUCUCACAGGAUAUAUUGUAAGACCAUCACGAAAUGGUGAUGGUUCUGAACUGGGUUACGUAUCUCAUACUGACCCACAUGGAAAACUACCAGUUUGGCUUGUUAAUAAAGUUACACAAAUAUUUGCUCCAAGAAUGGUUAAAAAAUUACAUAAGGCUUCUGUAGCUUAUCCUAAUUGGAAAUUAUUAAAUAAUCCAAAUUAUAAGCCAUGGCAUUUCCCUGAACAAAUAGCGUCACCGCGAAUAAAAAUUGAGGAUUGUGUAAAAUCUGCAGAAGAAAGGAAUUCAAAGAACCAUUAUGUUGAUGAAUCAGAAUUGAAAGAGUCUAUUAUGAUGGAUAGUGAUUAGUUUCUUUUAAUAAGGCACACUAUAAUUCUGUUAAAAUCAUGAAAUAUCAAUAUAAUUUAAAUAUAAUUUAAGAUGUCAAAUACAGUACUAAAAAAUUUCAUACUAAUAACAAAAU